UAAAAGACGAAAUGCCGACAGCAAGUCACAACAAGUUGACAAAUUUUGACAGUUGAUUAAAAAAACCAAUAAAAAGGUUUUAAAUCCUUUUAAAAAUGUGUAAAAGUGAAAUAUUAUAAAUCAUAUACAGUUCUGGGUUGUAAAUUAAUUGAAAUAUUCAUAUUACGGUUUCGUACGAUAAAAGAAAAAAAAAUGUUUUCACCAAGAACACCAAAUUCAAGUUUAAGUGCUGAACUCAGGGAUGUUAUCAGCAAACGUAAUAUUUUAACAACACGAACACGAAUGAAGGUUCUCAGUGCCCUCGACGAAAUGCAAAAUCAAACUGUCAAUCGAAAACGAGAAAGUCUACGAUCACAGGCAAUUCAGGAGAUUCUCUCAUCAGAGGUAACAUAUUUACGAAAUUUGGAAAUAAUAAUGGAAUACUUUAUGCAUCCAAUUUAUCAACGACAAUUAUUGUGUUAUUCAUCGUACACAACACUUUUUGAAAAUAUUGAAACAUUAUACAACGUGAAUGCUGAAUUGUUGAAAGAAUUGAAACAAGAUCCAGAAAAUGUUGCAUCGGCAUUUUGUAAAUUGGCACCAUUCUUUAAAUUAUAUUCCGUGUAUGCUUACAAUUAUAAACGUGCAUUAGAAUUACUUCAGGAAAUUCAACAAAAUGACGUCAAGACUACUGAAUUUAUUGCCAGUCAAGAAACAAGGCCCGAGGUUGGUAAUAAAUUAUCAUCACUAUUAAUAACACCAAUUCAACGUGUUCCUCGUUAUAAGCUUCUUUUAAAAGAAGUUUUACGACACACUGCACCAAAAGAGAAAAAUUACAAUAUGUUACAAUCUUCAUUGGCACAAAUUGAAAAUGUCGCGUCUCAUAUUAAUUCACUUGUCGAAGAAUACGAGGAUACGCAAAAAUUAUUGGAAUUACAGAAACAUAUUGUUGGCUCGAUGAAUUUAGUGAAACCAGGAAGAAAAUUAAUAAGACAGGGCCCAUUGAUGAAAGUUUCGAGAAAAGGAAAUUCGUCAUUUAAACGACAUUUUGUCCUACUCAGCGAUACUUUAUUGUAUUGUAAAGGCGAUCCUGAAGGUUCAUUAACAAUUUGUUGUCUAUUGCCACUAAAUAAAUGUAAAGUCGAACGUGUCUUAAGUAAUGGACUUUUUCGCGUUGUUUGCAUGCAAGAGACAUUAUUUUUAUAUUCAGAAAAUGGUGACAGUGAAGCUUGGAUAAUAUCACUUCAGGAAUCGGUGAAAAAAUAUCUCGAUUGUCGACAAACAUUGCGUAAGGACAGUAGUUCAAGAAUACCAUUACGUGAUAAAAAUCAAUUUCCAUCAGAAAAUAUUCUCACACGACGUUAUAAACGAAAACGAGGAAUGGAACGUGAGGAAACACAAUCCAGUAAGGCGAAAAUUAUUUACGUUAAUCGUGAUGCAGAAACUGAUGCAUCAUCGGAGGGUAUGUUAAAUUGUCUCUUCUCCUGUAAAAAGCUCAAGACAACAAUAAAAUCCGAUGAUAUGACAAUGAAUGAGAAAAUAAAAAUUUGGAUGGAGGGUUUAAAAUUACGACAAACAAAUUAUGGGGAAACAAUUCCAGAGAUUGCGGGGACAAAUUCUCUUUCUACUGUUGAAGAAAAUCCAUCGUCAACUGGCUAUUCGAAUGAGGCUUUCAACAGUCAUAUGGAUGAAGAUUCGUUGAUGAUUGAUGAGAAUUCACGGAAUUUUAGUAACAGUGAUGAAAAUUUGGAUACACAAUUUUAUGCGAAGAAAUUUAAUGUUUAUUCAGGUAGUGAGGUGAUAUUAUCACGUCAACAACAACAACAACAACGACGACGACAAAGACGUAUUUUAUCAUUUACAAAAAUCAGUAAUUUUAUUUCUAACGUAGGCACGUCUUUAUGCAAGUUUUUUAAACGUAAUUAAUAAUUUUAAUCUCUUUUUUUACGCUGCAUAAUAAUUUAGAUUCUUACAAUUUUUUUAUUGAUAAUUUAAAUUUUUUAUAUUUUGAUCAAUUUUGAACGAGGUUUUUUUGGUAUUUUCGAUUUUCUAGCCGAGUGAUUAAAUUUUUUUCAGUAUUUCAUCUCGGAUGAUAAAUAUUAUUGAGUAAUUAAAAUUUGUUAACUUAAUUAAUAAUUUAAUUAAUUAGACAUGAUAAUUUGUAAUAGUAUUUUAUUGAUGCUAUAUUUUUUUUUACAUCUUCAUGAGCCAUUAAUGAUAAUUAUUGAAUUUUAAUUAGUAAUGUUAUAAAAGAUAAGUAACAUUAAGAACUUUGAUAACGUUAAAAUAUUAGUACUUAAUAAAAAUGUUAAUAAUAAGUAUUAUUUAAUUGAAUAAAUAAUUUUUUAUCA